AUGUGGUUUCCAAUUCCAAGUAAUAAUACGACGCACCAAAUUCACGGGUCGUCUUCAAAUUGCCCGAAAAUGAUGGUUCUCAGUUCCGACGACAACCAUGGAAUUGAUGUUCACGGUGACUUUUACGAAGCUUCAUCGUCGACGCAAGCGAACAUGAAGGAAGAUCAGCCUCAACCGAUAAUCGCUAACGACAAAACUUCACAUCACAAGAUGGGUCUUCACUUGGCUAGAACUAAACGUCACAACUUCAACAUUUACAAUUGGGGCGUGAGAACGGACGAUAAUCCGCUGCAUAUUCAGCUAUGCGAAGCAGCAACUAGAGGUGAUUGGAAGACUGCAAACAACAUCGAAAAGACACAUAAAGGAAUCCUGUCGGAGAUAAUAAGAAAGGAUAGAAAAGAAACAGCUCUUCACAUUGCCACCAGAUUCAACAACACUGCCUUCGUUGAGAAGCUGAUGGAAAAGCUAACAGAAAAGGACUUGGAAGCCACAGAUGUAUAUGGAAACACAGCGCUCUGCAUGGCUGCUACAUUAGGCGCUGUGGAUAUUGCCAACUCCAUGCUGCACAAAAAUAAGGAUUUAGUGCUAAUUCGUGGGUCUCAAAAUGCAACCCCGAUUUUAGUGGCUGCGAGAUAUAAACAGAACCAUAUGGUUUCUUUUCUACUCAAAGAGAUGGACUUGAGCAUCCAAAGCAUGGCCACUAGCGACCAAAUGGAGCUUCUUCUUAGUGCCAUUGCCACCGACCAUUACGAUGUAGCUUUACUUAUUCUAAACGGGAACAAGUUAUUGGCACUGGAACGAGACGUCAAUGACGAUACACCCUUACAUAUAAUGGCCCGAAAAUCUAAUACAUUAGGCACAAAAAAUAACCCAACCAAGUGGCAAUCAUCUCUCCAUAGGUGUUUCAAAUAUAUAUACAAGAAGAAAAUGAUGCAAAUACAAGCAUGUCAAACGGUUGAGCUAAUGUGGAGUGUAGUUCAGGAUAAGAUUGAAGAAGAUAAGAGUUUGGAUUUCAUUUUACAUCCCUCAAGCAUGCUACACGAUGCUGCAAGCGUCGGAAACGUUGAGUUUAUGAGAGUGUUACUUCAUACAAAUCUUGAGUUUCUACGGAUUGUUGAUAGUAGUGGGAAGAACAUAUUUCACAUGGCAGUUGAGAAUCGACAACGGCGUGUCUUCAACUUAAUUUAUGAUAUGAAGCUCUUCGACCCAGUGGACUUUUUAUACUAUUUCAAUGAAGAAAACAUCAGCUUGCUUGAAUUAGCUGCCAAAAGAGUAGAUUCAAGUCAUCUUGAACGUGUCUUGGGAUCGUUCUUUCAAAUGCAUGAGGAGCUUCUAUGGUUUAAGGAAGUAGAGGAUAUAGUAGAACGUAGAAUAAGAAUAAAGAAAGGGAAUCAAACAGCAAGAGAAUUAUUCAACCAAGAACACACACAGCUUGCAAAAGAAGGAGAAAAGUGGGUGAAGAGUGCAGCCAAUUCAUCCAUGCGAGCUGCAAUAUCAAUAGCCAUUAUAGUUUUGUUUGCAGGCGGCAUGAACUAUGGGUCACGCUCACCCACGUUUGUUGACAACAAAUGGGUGACUGUGUUCGUGAUCUCAGAUGCAAUAGCCUUGAUCUCAUCUUCAUUUGCAACGCUAUUGUUUUGGUUGAUGCAGAGGUCGCGGUGUGAGGAAUCAGACUUUCUGCUGUGGUUGCCAUUGGAAUUGGUUGUUGGCAUUGGAUCCCUCUUCCUUUCAUUGCUGGCAAUGGUGCUGGCCUUCGAUGCAUACCUCUUCCUGCUCCUUGGAAAAUAUAUUUGCUCGAUUACAUUGCUAAUUGGUGGGACGUUUAGUGGUCUAAUUUUCUUGUUUUGUGUGCUCCAAUGGGAACUUUUGACUGAUUGUUUCGCAGCAAUAUAUGCCGGUGGGAUGUCGUAUUUAUCCAACAAUAGGCUCAUCAAAGGAAAAGGGAGGAAGCUACCGUUUCCAAAAAUGAGGAGUUUCAGUUCUUCCGUACACAAUGUGUUGGAGGUCGAGCUGCCGCAAGUGAAUGGGAAUGACUAUCACAAUAGGCUCAAAUCCAAAAUUCACAGAUUCACCGAUGCUCUGAUUCGCGGUGUCAAAUAUAUUCUCAACGAUGGGAGGAGCCUUUCAGAGGGCAAUGGUUCGGGCAACGACGACGCUCGAUGUCGCCUGCACAAAGCGGCAAUGAACGGCGACUGGGAAACGGCGGAGCAACUCGAAAGGGAAAAUCCGGGAAUUCUUUCAAUGGUUAUAAGCGAGGAUAGAAACGAGACUUCUCUGCAUAUUGCUACAAGAUGCAAUCAGGUUGGUUUUGUGCAGAAAUUAGUGGCGAGACUGAGCGAUGAAGACUUGGGCAUUGAAAAUAGCUAUGGAAACACAGCCCUUUGCAUCGCUGCUACGUUAGGCGGCCUUGAUAUCGCCAAGUCGAUGGUGGAAAAGCGUAAAGAUUUGAUUGGUGGGUCUAGAAAUGUAACCCCUGUUUUAAUUGCUGCAAGAUAUAAACACAACGACAUGGUUUCUUAUCUCCUCAGUCAGAAGGAUCAUAUUGCCCCAGAAAUGGAAUUGGAGCUUCUUGUUGGUGCCAUCUCUGCAAAUCAUUAUGAUAUAGCUUUGAUUAUUCUAAAGGGGAAGGAUUGGUUAGCGACCAAACUAGACAUCAAUCAAGACACACUAUUGCAUACACUCUUGCAUAUAAUGGCCCGGAAGCCUAACACUAUUGCAAGCUACAAGAUGACAGCCAAGUGGCAAUCAUGCAUCGAAAAGAGCGUGUUCAAAUGUUUAUGCAAAAAAACAACCAUGGAAAUAAAAGCCCAUCAAAUGGUUGCAAACAUGUGGAGUAUUGUCAAAACAAAUGCAACUUCAAAAGAAAAUCUAAUGAAUUUCGUAAUACAUCCAUCAAGCAUGCUACAUGAUGCUGCAAGAGUUGGAAAUGUUGAAUUUCUAGAAAUAUUGCUGCAUGAAAAUCCUGAUCUUCUACGGAUAUUCGACAACGAUGGGAAGAGUAUAUUUCACGUAGCGGUCGAGAAUCGACAAGAGGGUGUGUUCAAUUUAAUUUAUGAUAUGAAACUCUUCAACCCAGAUGACUUAUUAUACUAUUUUGAAGCGAAAAAAAUCAGCUUGCUUGAAUUAGCAGCCAAAAGCGCUAAUCCGAAGCAUCUCGAUCGAGUCUCGGGAGCAGUGUUUCAAAUGCAUAGCGAGCUUCUAUGGUUUAAGGUAGUCGAGAAUAUAGUGGAGCUUACGACGAGGGUAAAAAGAAGCGGAGGGGAAACCGCGCGGGAAAUAUUCACUAGAGAGCAUAAAGAGCUGAAGGAAGAAGGAGAGAAAUGGGUGAAGAGGACAGCAAAUUCAUGCAUGCUUGUAGCAACUUUGAUAGCGACCGUCGUGUUUACAGCAGCGUUCACAGUGCCAGGAGGCAAGAACGAGAGCUCGGGGCUUCCCAUAUUUGUGGAGAAGAAAUGGUUCACUGUGUUUGUGAUAUCAGAUGGGAUAGCAUUGGUGUCUUCGUCGACUGCAGUACUGUUGUUUUUGUCGAUCUUGACGUCGCGGUGUGCCGAGAAUGAUUUUCUGUUUUGGUUGCCAUUGGAGUUGGUAUGCGGGCUUGGAUCCCUGUUUGUUUCUGUGCUGUGUAUGGUGCUGGCUUUUGGUGCCGCCUUCUUCCUUUACUAUGGUAAAGAUACGGCUUUGCUUCCAUUGAUGAUUACUGGGAUGGCUGCUGUUCCAAUUUUCUGGUUUUGUGUGCUCCAAUGGAAGCUUUGGGCUCAUGCUUUAGUGUCAUUGCAUGCUUCUACUGUGUUUUGUUUGUUGAGGAAUAGGAAGACUAGUAUCCUCAAGGCUAUUACUAAUGGUGUCUUUGUGCGUUAGAAGUGUAUGUUUGUAAUCAUUACUUCAGAAUAAAGUGUCAGUCUAACUGUUCAAAUCCACUCUUAACAGAUAUUGUUCUCUUUUAGCUUUCUUUAUUGAGCUUC